UCGGCGCAGGCUCGGCUCUGUGGCCCUGAGAGCGUCGCCGCGGCUCGGAGGGGCUGCGGAGGUGUGGACUGGGCGGCGCGAUGGCCGGCAGGCUGUGGUCGAAGGCCAUCUUCGCGGGCUACAAGCGCGGGCUGCGGAACCAGAGGGAGCACACGGCGCUGCUGAAAAUCGAAGGCGUCUACGCGCGGGACGAGACCGAGUUCUACCUGGGCAAGAGGUGUGCCUACGUCUACAAGGCCAAGAACAACACAGUGACUCCUGGUGGCAAACCUAACAAAACCAGAGUGAUCUGGGGAAAGGUGACCCGUGCCCAUGGAAACAGUGGCAUGGUUCGAGCUAAGUUCCGAAGUAACCUUCCUGCUAAGGCAAUUGGUCACAGAAUCCGUGUGAUGCUGUACCCCUCAAGGAUAUAAACUUACCGAAAAGUAAAUAAAUACAGUCUAGAUAUUUUU